GACAUGGCUUUGCAUGUUUAUUUGGUUUGGAUUUUUGUAUUCAAAUUGAUUUAAUUUUGAACUUAUAAUCAUUUUCUAGAUAAAACAGUGUUAUAUCUCUAUCAUAAAUAUAAAUAAAUAAAUAAAUGACACUUAUGUGACGAUAAUUAACUACUUUCGUAAUAAUGGUUGACAUAAACAAGUACUUGGAAACUCAACUCGCGCUAGCAAAACAGAAAUCUGAACACAAUAUUAAAAAAGACAAUGUCUCCACGAAGAGUAAGGCUGCCGCCGACCUUAUAGCUCAGAAAAAGCCCAAUGAAGCUUGUAACAAUAAUGUACCCCAGAGGUCUCGAAAAACUAGCUCAUCGGCUGACAAGGAAUCAGACGAAGAGUACUUGCCUUCAUGUGAUGAAGAGGAUGAAGAAAUACAUCUACCCUGCCUUCCGUCCUCUUCACGCUCUAAACAGAAUGUAAAAAAGAUAAUUGACGAUGGAGAUGUUACACUUUAUAAUGAAAGAGUUCACAAUUGGAGGACAGACCUAGCAGCGGCACGCGCAGGAACAUUUGAAGGUGGCCCUUGCACAGCCGAUGUACAAUAUGUUCUCGAAGGGCAUAAAAAUCCUGAGGAAACACAUGAACUACAAAAUGGCUUGCAUGUUCCCAACUUUAUUUGGAAGCAGUUGUACAAAUAUCAAAGGAUAGGGAUAAAGUGGCUGUGGGAACUUCAUCAGGUGCAGUCUGGAGGUUUGCUUGGUGAUGAAAUGGGUUUAGGUAAAACUGUCCAGGUGAUUGCCUUUCUUGCUGGACUUUCUAAAACUGACAGUGGAACUUGGGGUGGCCUUGGCCCAUCAAUUAUUGUAGCUCCAGCAACUGUCAUUUAUCAGUGGGUGUCCCAUUUUCAUUAUUGGUGUCCGCAUCUCAGAGUGGCUGUACUACACCAUUCAGGAUCACAUGUUGGAAACCAUAAUAAACUUAUUAGAGAACUUCAUGACUCUCAUGGAAUCUUGCUCAUUACCUAUGCUGGCAUAGUAAGGUAUUCUGCAGAUCUGAUGGCACGAAAAUGGCACUACUUGAUAUUAGAUGAAGGCCAUAAAAUUAGAAAUCCUGAAACACAGGUUAGUAAAUUUGUGAAGAAAUUUCAAACUCCUCAUAAAUUGUUGAUAACAGGAUCCCCUAUGCAAAACAGCUUGCAGGAACUUUGGUCAUUGUUUGAUUUCAUGAGACCAGGUCUACUGGGAACUUAUAAUGCAUUCAUGGAACAUUUUGCACAACCAAUCACUCAAGGAGGUUAUGCAAAUGCUACUGAACUACAAGAAGCAACUGCACUAGAAAUAGCCAAGGCUCUUAAAAACAUAAUUACUCCAUAUAUGUUGAGAAGGACAAAAGCUGAAGUUCAAGAGCACAUAAAACUGCCUGAAAAAAAUGAACAAGUCUUAUUUUGUGCUUUGACUCAAGAGCAAAGAGACUUGUAUAUGGGGUAUCUCAUGAGUGCUACUGUCAGAAGUAUUCUUGAUAAAGAAAGUAGAUUUGGAGAUCCUAUCAGAGCCAGAGUAUUAGUGGCCUUAUCAACAUUAAGAAAAAUAUGUAAUCACCCAGACCUGUAUCUCUAUGAAGCUCAGGAAGAACUUGAACAAAUAGAUGAGGAAAAAUUUGGCCAUUGGAAAAGAUGUGGAAAAAUGACUGUUGUUAAUUCUUUGCUGAAAAUUUGGCAGAAACAAGGCCACAGAGCCUUAAUAUUUUCUCAAUCCAGGGCUAUGCUUUGCUUACUGGAGCAGUACUUACAAAAUCAAGAUUUUAAGUACCUUAAAAUGGAUGGGACUGUCAGUGUCAGUCAAAGACAAAAUCUGAUAAAAACUUUUAAUGAAAAUCCAGAAUAUUUAGUUUUUCUUGCCACCACAAGGGUAGGUGGUUUGGGGGUGAACUUGACUGGUGCUGACAGAGUCAUUAUUUAUGAUCCUGACUGGAAUCCGGCAACUGAUAACCAAGCAAAAGAAAGAGCCUGGAGGAUAGGGCAACAGAGAAAUGUCACUGUGUAUAGAUUGCUUUCAGCAGGUACAAUUGAAGAGAAAAUAUAUCAAAGACAAAUAUUCAAACAUUUUUUAAGUAACAAAAUUUUAAUAGAUCCGAAUCAAAAGAAUGUUUUGACUACAAGCACUCUACAUGGUUUGUUUACACUAGAAGAGCCAAAUUGUGAAGGAGAUACUGAAACAGCAUCACUUUUUAAACAUACCAAAGUAAAUAUGAGUAAUAAAUCAAGAGAAAAGGAUGACAAAAUGCAGUCAUGUAGUGGAGCAACGCAAGCAAAGAAAAAAAUUGAUGCAAUGAAAAAACUAGCUAAAGAAAUAAGUAAAAGAAUAUCAAAGGAGGCUGCAAAGGCAAAAAUACAACAAGAACCACAGGAAGACCCCAGGGAAAAAUAUAAGAAAAAACGAGAAGAAUUAUUGAAUCCCCCUAAAGUGGAAAAACCAGAGAUUAAUACAAUAGAUGACACAGUAACUAAUGUCCCUUUUGAAAGUAUCUUAUCUGAAUUGGAUAUAAUUAACUUGCAUGCAAAAAAAGAUUAUGAAGAAAAUCUAAUUAAAGAAGUUUUAAAAAACAAGGAAAAAGAAAUAGAAGAGGGUGAAAUAACUGGUACUGAAAAUAAUGAAUGUGAGAAACCAACAUCCUCAUCAUUAGAUGCUAAUGAUGAGACACACAAAGAUAACCCAAAGGACCCACCUCAAAAGACGGGUGGUAUGGUUGGUGACUGCAACAAAAACGAUAAACACAAAAAAAAACUCAAAAGAAAACAUUCAGAUAUUGAAAUAGAAAAUGUAGUAGCUAUCAAAAAAGUAAAAAAGAAGAAGAGUAAACGGGAUAAAGAUAAUACUACUGAUGAUGACUAUGUGUUAAGCAAAUUGUUUGCAAAAGCUUCUGUUAAAAAUGCAUUGCACCAUGACGUUGUUGUAGGCUUAGCAGAAAAGGAAAAGAGGUACAGGCUGAAAGAAGAAGCUACAAGAAAAGCUAAAAAAGCUAUAAAAGCCAUAAAAUUUUCUUCUAAGUAAUCACUGCGUUUAUUGUAAAGCUAAUAUAAGAAUAUUAUUAUCAUUUAAUGUUAUUUAUUUUUAUAUCACAAAGAUGUAACUGAAUAA